UAAAAAUCUCCGCCCUACACCUCUUCCUCGUCUUUCUACUUCUACCGCACUUUGUUCCUCCACUAAACACGCUAAAGACGAAACUCCAGCAAUAGCCCGUUUCUUCUACAGCGCCAUCUUUUCAGCGGGCCAUCACGCCAGAUGACUCGUCGCUCUGCCGCCAACUAGCGAAGAAAAAAAAUACGCUAAACCCGCUGGAGAAAACAACGCCGUCAGGGCCCUCUCCGCCACCAGUCCACGCCCGCCGCGGGGAGACGGACGGACCAGCCAGCCAAAUAGCUUUUGCUUACCUUGGCAAAUCCCAGACUCUUCUCUACCCAAUUCUCUCUUCUUUUUCCAGCAUAAGAACACGGGGACAUGCUCUAAUUCAACAUCGCCGCCAUCAUCGCCCCUUGUACCUACCACUGGCUACAAUGGCGGGCGAGGAACCACCACAACCACAACAGCAGCGUCCUGCGUCAGCCGUCACUCCUCCAACAUCACCUACCGACACACAAUCCUCGGGUUCGCCGCCCAAGACAGCCUCACCAACAAUAAAGACCGACGAACAAGAUGCUCCUGCUCCUCCUGUGAAGCGUGGACGCCGCAGUAAUCCCAAGGUCAAGACUGGAUGCGCCAACUGCAAACUCCGACGUAUCAAGUGCGACGAAAAGAGACCCGAAUGCUCACAAUGCGUAAAGAGUAGAAAAGUAUGCAGCGGCUACCCCGUGCCCAGUCGCCGCGACGGCCCAAUCCCAGAUGUGCCCAUUGCUCCUCGGCCGAUGCUGGCAUCCCGACCGCAACCCGCACCUCUUCUUGCACCGGCCGCUGAUCCCCGCGGCGGUGCUUCACUUCUUCGAAAUCCCGUCGUUCUUCCGCCUCGGCGGCCAAAUCACCGCCGCCGUAUGCAGGAGCUGGCAGCCCAGCGCCGCCAGAAGCAGGACCAGCUCCGUGUCAUCCCGUCCCCGGCCGUCGUCCAGCCUGCGUCUACACUGGCCCUAAACCCGCACGAUGCACAAUACUUUGACCUUUUCCGAAUACAAACAGCUGCCCAGCUCUCCGGAUACUUCAACUCCAACUUUUGGACCCAGCGUGUUCUCCAAGGAUGCCAUGCCGAGCCGGCUAUUCGGCAUGCCGUUGUGGCGCUUGGUGCGCUAUACAAAACUCUGGAACUCUCAACAGACCCCGUCACGCCUACAGAUGGGGCAAUUACACAGUAUAACCAUGUCAUGAUGCACUGGCAGGUUGCUGUGAAGCAGUAUUCCGAGGCUUGUAAAGCCAUAGUCUCUCUUUCGGGCGACACCAUCAGUCAGCACCGCACCCGCCUCAUGGCCAUUAUCCUCCUCGCAUGCUUCGACUCUUUUAUAGGCGACCAUAAACAAGGUAUUGUCCAAAUACAAACAGGCCUUGGCAUUCUGCAGAAAAUCAAGACGAUGCACUCAGCCCGGCCUGGUGAGGGCGCCAUUGAAGAAGACCUCGUCAUGCUCUUCACACGCCUCGCCAUCCAGGCCAAAUCCUACGACAUGGCCUUCCACUUCCCUCCUCCCUAUGUCAUCAUGCUAUCCUCAUCACACGCUGGCGGCGAGCCAUCAUCCCCCGUCUCCGACCACAGCGCACCAGACGAAAGUGCCAGCCAACCCCCCAACCGCCCCUUUGAAAGCCUGUUUGAAGCCCGCUCCGUCUCCGACGAGCUAUGUAAAGCCCUCCUCACAUUCAUUGAGAAGUUGCAGCUCGCCAAGAGCGAUCCCUCCUAUGUCCUCCCCGCCGCAUGGAAGAUCUACGGCAUAGGCCUCAAGGACCGUCUCAGCGCAUGGGCUGAAGCCUACGAGCCCAUCUUUAGCUCACGCUUCGACCCGCGCAUCUCGCACCUCGAGCGCUCCGGCAUUGCCGCACUCAAAAUGUUCCAGAUCAACACCAACAUCCUCUUCCUCAUGAUGUUCUGCGACAACGAGGUCCAAUUCGACUCCUUCAUGCCGCACUUUAAGACCAUUGUCGAUCUCGGCUGGGAAGUCGUUGGCGAGGAUGAGCGCCGCGCUGCCGCCGCCGGACACAGCACUACCAAGGGCGGCUUCCGCUCGGGCAAGUAUGCCCCGAGCCACCUGAAGCCCAGCUUUGCCGCUGAUCUUGGCAUCGUCCCGCCGCUCUUUGUCGUCGCCACAAAGUGCAGAGACCCCAGGCUUCGAAGGCAAGCUAUCCAGCUGCUCCGGAGCAGCGCCCGCCGCGAGGGCAUGUGGGACAGCGAGCUGACUGCCAAGAUUGGCGAGUGGUGCAUGCAAGUCGAAGAGUACGAUGCGCUGAACCCAAUGGGUGCUACAAUCGGGCCGGGUGGUGAGUACGUGUUUGCAGGCGCUGACGGUGUCUUGCAAAAGACGAUACCCGAGGAGCGCCGCAUCAUGGUCAAGUCAGUCGACUUUGACUUGAGGGCGCGGUAUGCCGAUGUAAAGCUCGGCACAAGGGCUGUUGGACGAGGCGGCCAGGACGUCCGCGAGAAGUUUACCCGGAUUACAUGGUAAAUGAAUAGGAAAUACAGUACCUUAUAGGGCGGGCAUUGGGAAACGGCGUAUCAAGAUGUUUUUUUUCUUAUCUUUUUGGAGUAUAUACCCACAAUGUAAAUGACCGGAAUAACAACAGCUUUAACACAGCAUAUACAUAUACAUACAUAUGAAUGCCAUCAGUAUUGAGAAACAUAAUGGCCAGCUCCAUGUUUUUGCAAUGUGUAUUUUGUACAAAAGUGGUAUCUAUAAUUUUCCAACUACAUGCAGUUUUGUUUCUAAUUUACAAAAAAAGGCUAUUGAUUUUAUAGUGGUGGCAAGUCCUCUCUGCAAAUCGGACACUGUAAUCUAAACUUCAUCCAACUCUCGAGACACGCCGAAUGGAAGAUAUGUCGGCACGGCGUAACCAUAUACAUUCUCCUGGCUAACACGCCUGCGACACUCAUAUCCGCAUCCCCUUCCUUGAUGACAGGAACGUCCAGGUUCUCGCGGCAAAUAGAGCAGUCAAUCUUGCGUACACUCCCACAAGCGCCAGCCUCCUUGUCCUGGAUGCUAGGUCGCCGGCCGACCGGUUGGUCUUCGUUAAUGAGGCCAAUUGGCAGCCCGCCUGCUUCCAAGCCAUCCUCGCGCAGAAUGGGAUGGUAUUCCCAAGCUUCAGGCGCCCAGCCAGCGGGUAUAAUGAACCGCGGGCCGACAAUGUCCUGCGCGCCUAGAAUGAAGAGCUGGAUCCAGACCCAUGCGCAUAGAAAGGCAAAGGUCGUGCGGUCUGUAAUGGCAAACAUAAAGUUGUCCUCUCGGAGCCAAAAGUAGGCGAUGGGGAGAAGUCGCAGUACAGAUUGGCCAAUGACAAAGGACCAUGUAAGGGCGCGGCGGCAGUUGCGCAUGGCGUUGCGGUAGAUUUGUGGAAUCCAUAGCGAUAAGUAAAUGAAUGCGCAGAGGUUCAAGUAGAAGCUGCGGGCGCCGGGAUACCAUGUAGACGAAGAGAGUGAAACAAACCCCAAAAUGAGGCCAACGAGGACGAAGCGGCCCAUGAUGGUUUGAAAUGUGAGUGCUGGAGCUGCUCCUGCUGUUCUUCCCAGACCAGGUACGGCAGAGGCGCCGUUGACUUCAGCGUCAACAUCGCCAUCCAGAGCAACAAUAGUAGGCGCGCCGCCAAACACAUUUGAAGACACAGGUACAGGGAGCAGGGUGCCUGUUUGAGGUGCUGGUGUUUGCUGGCCCGUGCCAGCACCGCUGUUCGUGUUGGUCCCUGGACGGCGUGCUGGGACGUGUACGUCAAAGAUUCGCGAUAGAAAGCUUCCUCCUAUAGACAUUGAUAAGAAGGCAACAAACAUGAGCGCCAGUGUUGGGAGGAACGUCGCUCCAGCAGAGGACACCCAUGUUGCCGCGGCUGUAAAAGUCAUGCCGUCGACGAGAACCAUGGCGCUAAUGGUCCAGAAGCUGACCCUUCCAACAGUCGAAGGAGUAAACGUUUCUCCUAUCUGGUUUUUUAAUAGAUAUACCUGGCCCAACAUAACGCAGGCAAAUAAUAACAUCCACGACUUGAUUUCGUGGGUAUGCACCUCCACCUUCAUACCUGACAGGUGGUUGAACUCACCAGCUGCAAAAUCUGGCGGGCCCUUGCUUUCCAGAAAGUAGCCACAGUCUGGUGAAUAUAAAAUAGUCGACAUGCGAAGUGUCGGUACGCGACCAAUCGGAGCUCCGCGUGGAAAUGCAAGCUCUUCUUCAAUGGCGCGGAUGACAGCUGCCAUGUCUACAUCCUCUAACUUGUGGUGUCGGCUCAGUAGCGUAUCCGGAUCUGGUGGGUGAAUCUGCGCAUAAAGAACAUAUUCACACUGCGGCAUAGGAUUAAUCAUAUCGCCUGCCACAAUGUCCGAGUUGAACGGCAACACUUGGUCGUAACGGAUUGUCCUUUCCUUUCUCGCAAGCACCUUGGCUAGCCUCUGGCUUAGGAACGUCUGGCCAGACUUGAAAUAGUCUGCGCUCGGUGUUAGAUGCGGUAGGCCAAAUAUGCCUUGGAACUUUUCGCUAGUCGUUGUCAUCAUGAUAACGCCCUGUCUGGGCCAGUGUAGGCCCCAAAGUCGCAUAUCCCAUGUAUGACCGGAUCCAGCCGAGUCUUCAAUCGUCAUGGUCGCCUUGACGUUACGAAUCACCCCUCCAGAUGAUAAUUCGGAUUCUUCUUGCGUCAUUGGCAGAUACGUCGACAUGGUUCUGUUUCCGGUUAUUCGGAUGAGCAUCUUGCCCUCUGGCCCCGUCACGUUGCGGCCCCAUUCCACGCCUUCCUCCAGCCAGGCCAUGGCGGGCGCAGUACGGCUUAGGUUAUAGCUGGCGACAGUUCUUGGAGAAGAUCCUGCGCGAAAUACCCAGUCGCCAUGUAGGGUUCCUGACGUAUUCAUCCAUACAUGAGCUCCUUGGCCACGGUCCCACGGGUAUUUGCCGUCAACUUCCGUAAAGGCAUGGUGGCUCAUCCGCAGCGUUCGUUCUCUGAAUCGGCCAAGGUCGUCCCAAUUGAAUCCAUCAAUAUGCCUGAACCCAGUGAGAUUCAAAAACCCUGGGCCCACGUCGUCGGAUGUGUCAUUUAUACUCGAAGCAACUGGCUUGAAGUCGCCCCAGCUCGUCCGGUUAAGCAGGUCGAGGGCAGCAUUAUAGCCUCGUAAUUUCGCCGCUGCAAUGUCGGAAAAUAUCAAUCCCGGUGAUCCUGAAUAGUUUCCCGCUGGAAACAACAACCAAAACAGGAGCAUCACCAUCAAGAAGACGGCGCCGGUCUGCUGACGUUGCGGCAUAGCGUCGUGUGCCGACUCGGAAGUCGAUGGUUGGCGGCGAUUCGCGGUUAUCGGGCGUCCAUUAGAAGAUAUAUUAUAGUUGUAAUAAAAUUCAAUACCAAAUCAGAGUGCAAAUCCAGGCGUCAAGAAAAGCAACAGCAAAUCGCAGUCGAUGCAUUCAAAGUAGAGGCGGAUGCAGGAAGCAGGAGCAUGGCUGCAGCGGUGGCGCCACUUGGAAAUUUAGCGCCUGAUGACGCUACAAGGUCCUGAAGAGGCACCGUGGGGGGCGCCAAUGCAAGCAGCCAAAGUGGCAAGCGCAGGGGCUCCACU